GAUCAUUCGAAAACUGAAAGAAGAACUUUAAUGGAGGACACGAAUGAAGGAGAGGUGAAGUGCUACAGCAACAGGGCACCAGGGGCCAAAGAGGCCAAAGGGGCAGGCGCCCCUGGCUGCAGUCGUUCCGCCGCCCGCUAGAUGGUGCUGUAGCGCCCUGCAGCCGCUGAACCGGACAAGGAGCUGCAGGAAAACAGCAGGCGGUGGAGCGCAGCCCCGCAGCCCCCCUGGGUGUCAAACGGGGCUCAUCUUGUGACGUUUCCUCGCUUUCGAGAGACAUUUAUUUGACUUCUUAGGAAGGAAACGCGCGAUGUGUCUCUUGCUCAUCCAACACUGAAGACCCCCCUCCCCCCUCCUCCUCCUGCUGUGGUUGUAGAUGGCACCAUGUUGGACACCGGCAGUGAUAAAGAGGCUGCGCUCUGCUCAGACUGUGGUUGCAGUUUCACCCCUCCAGACCUCGACUCUGACCCCGAUGACCCCUCGGACUCCCCUGAUCAGCAGCAGGCGAACAAGACGGACCCUCCGUCCAAGUGUCCGUCCUGCCAGGCCGGCGGCGGCGGCAGUCCCACGAACGGCCGGCGGCCGCAGCGGCGCAUGCGCCUUGACCCUCACAGCUGCAGCCUGUGCACCAAGACCUUCAUCUCCUCCGCCCACCUGGCGCUUCACCUGGCCUCCCACAACAAGGAGAGGAAAUUCAGAUGUGGCAUCUGUGGGAAGUACUUCCAUCAGUCCUCCCACCUGAUGGCCCACAAGAUCAUCCACAGCGGAGACAGGCCGUUCAAGUGCCCGGACUGCGGCAAGACCUUCGGCCGCGCCUCCCACCUGAAGACCCACCGCCGGCUCCACACGGGCGAGAAGCCCUUCAAGUGCACCUACUGUGACAAGUCCUUCACCCAGAAAGCUGGGCUUCUGGCCCACGUCCGCCUGCACACCGGGGAGCGGCCGUACAAGUGUGAGCAGUGCGGCGCCGGUUUUCGCUCCUUGCCUCUCCUGCUGUCUCACAAGGCCCAGGAGGCGUCCGGGCAGGGCAAACCCGCCUCCACGCCGCCGCCACUCAGCCACCAGCAGACCCAGAGCAGCGCUGAGGAUCUGAAGUGCGGGGUCUGCUGCCGCACCUUCGUCAGGUCCUCAUACAUCAGGCUGCACAUACGCCUCAACAAAGGCCAGCGGCCGUAUCACUGCAAGGUGUGCAACAAGACCUUCGUCAAGCUGGACACGUUUGUGAACCACUGUGACAAACAUCUGAGGCAGAAACGGGAUAAAAACAAGGAGGUGAAAGACAAAGUGGUAAAACCUCCUCUGUUUGUCCCGCUCUCCAGACCCCCUUCGCCCGAGUCCCCAGCCGCCCAGCCGUCACCCUCAGAGGUCACCACACGCUCCAGAGCAAAAGCAAAGACUAAAACCGAGCCAUGAGCGAGAUGAGACCGGUCCGCAAGUCUGCCGCAGCAGGACAGGAGUGUCAUGAUACACAGAAUAUCUCACUUAUUCACAUCAGGAGUCAAAUGUUUACAAGAGGAGACUGAAAAAAGGACAACACAAAGCACAUUAGCAUGAACUCCAAACACCUUAUUUACAUAAAGUGAGUUUACUCAUUGUAUAUUAAUUAUUUAUUCUGUUAGGAAAUAUACAUUUUUGUAUUAUGUGGUUUUAGUGUACAUUUUACCACAAUAGUUCACUAUGUCAGUGUAAAAAUACUGCAAUGAUAUACGUCAAGUAUAUUUAGAAGGCUGAACAGUGUUGUUUUUGUUUUCCAAAUAAAACAAGUAGCAUGUUCAAAGAACAGUUCCCGUCCCCGUUGUCCCGACCGACCCUGGAGUCCUGCUCCAGUCCAUCGCUGUGAACCUGCUUGGUUCAUGUUGUGCCGGGUCUCCCGGCUCCUGCCGCUCUCAGCCCUGUCGGCCGUGUGGCGGGAUCCAUCCACCACCGCAUGUGAGUCACGUUUGAAUUCAGGCGAGCGGCAGUCGAAGAGAAGAUAUUUAAAGUUGGCCAUCUGUGGAUCUCCACCUCCGACAACUCCAUCUGUCACCUCCACAUGGGGAAGCUCUUACUUCCAACCUGCAAACAGAGAAAAUAAAGUUCU